AUCUUGUUUGGUUUUUCUGGAUAUUUCUUCAGUAAGACUUUAAAAAUGUCAUCCAAACAAGAAAUAAUGAACAACCAGCAGUUUAGGCGGGUUUCAAAGGAUCCCAGAUUUUGGGAAAUGCCAGAAAAGGACCGAAAAGUCAAAAUUGACAAGAGGUUUCGAGCCAUGUUUCAUGACAAAAAGUUUAAAUUGAAUUAUGCUGUUGAUAAAAGAGGGCGCCCUAUCAACCACAGCACUAUGGAAGACUUGAAACGCUUCUAUGAGCUUUCAGACUCUGAUUCUGAUCUCUCUGAUGAGGAAAGCAAAGUACCAAACCAAAAAAAAGUAAAGCAGAAACAAAAACAGACCAAAAAGACAAAGUCAAAAAUGCUGAUUGAGGAGAAAAAGAAAGAAACAAAAAGAAAAAAUGAUCAAAAGGAUCCUAUAAAUAAAAAUGACUUAGAUAACUCUAAAAGAAUUCAGAAAAUGAAAAACUUGUGUAAAUCUCAGAAGAUAGAUUCAGAAAUAAGUCCCAAGAAGGAUAGUGAAGAGUUUAUGCAAAAUACAAAAAAGAAAAGGAGCAUCACUGACCACAGUGCAGACUCUUUGCCUAAAGGAAAACCAAGGACCAAAGAUUCCAGUACCUCUGAAACUGUGAAAUCUCCAACAAUCACUUGUUCUAAGGCAAAAAGAGAAAAGCAAUCAGUGCUUCCAGUCAUAAUGGCAAGAGACAAUGAUGGUAAAACACUGGACAAAGAUGCCCUGGAGGAAGAUUCAGACAGUGACAGUGAAAUAGGAAGAGAUGAGGAAUCUGAAGUCACAAGUGAUGACAGAACUUCAGCUGAUGAUGAUGAUGAUAAAAACGAAGACAAGGAAGAAGAGGAAGAUGAAGAUAGUGAGGAGGAGGAGGAUGAAAGUGACAGUGGUCCUGAUCUUGCAAGGGGUAACGGAAAUAUAGAAACUAGUUGUGAAGAUGAAGAUGGUUUUGAAGACUUAUUUCCAGAAGAACCUGGUUUCGAACAUGCUUGGAGAGAAUUAGAUAAAGAUGCUCCUCGGGCUGAUGAGAUUACACACCAACUAGCAGUUUGCAACAUGGACUGGGAUAGAUUAAAGGCAAAAGAUUUGCUGGCUUUGUUCUAUUCAUUUAAGCCCAAAGGAGGAGUUGUAUUUUCUGUAAAGAUAUAUACUUCAGAGUUUGGAAAGGAGCGGAUGAAGGAAGAGCAAGUUCAAGGACCAGUAGAGUUACUGAGUAUUCCUGAGGAUGCCCCCGAGAAAGUCUGGUCCUCUAGAGAGAAGCUAAGAGACUAUCAGUUCAAACGAUUGAAAUACUAUUAUGCAGUAGUGGAAUGUGAUUCUCCAGAAACAACAAGUAAGAUUUGUGAAGAUUGUGAUGGCCUGGAAUUUGAAAGCAGUUAUUCUUUCAUAGACCUAAGAUUUAUACCAGAUGAUAUUACUUUUGAUGAUGAGCCCAAGGAUGUGGCCUCAGAAGUUGAUCUAACAGCAUAUAAACCAAAGUAUUUCACAUCUGCUGCAAUGGGAACAUCAACGGUGGAGAUUACUUGGGAUGAGACUGAUCAUGAAGUCACACUUAACAGAAAGUUUAAAAAGGAGGAGCUUUUGGACAUGGACUUCCAGGCCUACUUAGCUUCCUCCAGUGAGGAUGAGGAGGAAGAGGAAGAAGCACCACAAGAUGAAGAUGGAGUCAACUUAGGAGAAGAUGGAAAAACAAAGAAAAAUCAAAAGGAUGAUGAAGAACAAAUUGCUAAAUAUAGACAGCUUUUGGAGGUUAUUAAAGAAAAAGAAAGGAAAGGAAAAGAAAAUGAUAUGGAAAUGGAAAUCAAGUGGGUUCCAGGACUUAAGGAGAGGGCAGAAGAGAUGGUCAAAAACAGGUUGGAGGGAAAGGAUAAACUCACCCCUUGGGAACAAUUUUUAGAGCAGAAGAAAGAGAAGAAAAGACUGAAAAAGAAACAGAAGGCUCUUGCUGAAGAAGCUAGUGAAGAUGAGCUUCCUUCUGAUGUUGAUAUGAAUGAUCCCUACCUUGCUGAAGAAGUUAAAAAAAUAGGUAUAAAGAAAAAAAAAUCAACAAAAUCUGCAAAAGACAACAUAUCUGCAGAGGAAGAAAUUGAACUAGAAAAACAAAAGGCCUUGCAAAUGGCCUUGCUUGUAAUGGAUGAGCAAGAGGACAGCAAGAAACGCUUCAACCAUGACAAGAUUGUAGAGCACCAUAAUCUGAGCAAAAAGAAGAAGAAACAGCUUAUGAAAAAGAAGGAGUUACUUGAGGAUGACUUUGAGGUAAAUGUUAGUGACGCACGGUUUCAGGCAAUGUACACUUCCCACUUGUUCAAUUUGGAUCCUUCUGAUCCUAAUUUCAAGAAAACAAAAGCUAUGGAAAAAAUUCUCGAGGAGAAAGCCCGGCAGCGAGAACGCAAAGAAGAGCUACUUAUUCAAGCAGUAGAGGGAGCUCAGCAGGACAUGGGAAAGCCAGCACAGAAGCAGCCCAUAGAUCCUGCCUUGUCUUUGCUGAUUUAAUCCGUGAAGAACAAAACAGAGCAAUUCCAAGCCAGAAAAAAACAGAGAGUCAAAUAA